CUACGCCAACAACGAGCCCACGAGCACGCCCGAAGACAGCACGAUCUGCACGCAGACAACACAGCCAGCCGGGUUCACACACCAUUCUAACACGUGCGUCUGGUCAUGCAGCGACGCAAGAGGCGGGCCGUCGUCCGCAUCACGGCCCGGCCUUGCUCUCUGGGUGAAAAGAGGUUGUUUGCUGGCUGCUGCUGACCUGCGCUAUGUGCUGCGUGGCAGAUCUCGGUCCCUCUGUCCGUCUGCCCUCGUCGCGCUCGCCGAUUCUCGAACUCGGCGAAAUGGGGAGGUGGAUUCCGUGAAACGAAUAUGCGAGCUUGGGUACCAAAACCUCAGCUCCUGUUUGACUUUCCACUUUGGUUAUACACCGGCACAGCAGCGACAGCAGCAGCGACAUCAGCACAGCAGCGCAGCAAUGCACUCUUGCAGGGAGGACUGGCCAACUAUGGUCA